AUGGCAACGGAGAUGGCAACAUCCGAGGUUCCUUCGCAGGAGACAGUGCCUUUAGAGCAACCGGAGGAGCUGCCUGCCUCGGUGCGGGCGAGCAUCGAGCGGAAGCGGCAGCGGGCGCUGAUGCUUCGCCAAGCGCGGCUGGCUGCCCGGCCCUACCCGGCGACGGCGGCUGCGGCUACUGGAGGUAUGGUGAAUGUAAAAGCAACCAAGGUAAUUGAUACGAAAGGUGGCUUCCUUUUGGAAGAGGAAGAAGAGGAGGAACAUAAGAUUGGAAAAGUUGUUCAUCAACCAGCACCUGUUAUGGAAUUUGAUUAUACAAUAUGUGAAGAAUGUGGGAAAGAAUUCAUGGAUUCUUACCUAAUGAACCACUUUGACUUGUCAACUUGUGAUAACUGCAGAGAUGCUGAUGAUAAGCACAAGCUAAUAACCAAAACAGAAGCGAAGCAGGAAUACCUUCUGAAAGACUGUGAUUUAGAAAAGCGAGAACCAGCCCUUAAAUUUAUUGUGAAGAAGAAUCCUCAUCAUUCACAGUGGGGUGAUAUGAAACUCUACUUAAAAUUACAGAUCGUGAAGAGGUCUCUUGAAGUUUGGGGUAGUCAGGAAGCAUUAGAAGAAGCAAAGGAAGUUCGACAAGAAAACCGGGAGAAAAUGAAACAGAAGAAGUUUGAUAAAAAAGUAAAAGAAUUGCGACGGGCAGUAAGAAGCAGUGUGUGGAAAAAGGAAACAGUUGCACAUCAACAUGAGUAUGGACCGGAAGAAAACCUAGAAGAGGACAUGUACCGGAAGACUUGUACUGUGUGCGGCCAUGAGCUGACUUACGAAAAAAUGUGA